AUAAAAAUUCCAACUAGGCUAAAGUGCAAGAAGCAUAUUUUUUUGUUACAAAAAUAUCCUUGAACUUUGCCUUAUUCAUCAUGGCGGCCACUAACAAGGUGCUUGCAAGGUUGCCUGCUUUGACUAGGUCAUUGAGUCGCAAUGUAUACACAGCAACUAGACCAAACCUGAUGAUCAAUGAGAAUACUAAAGUUAUUUGCCAGGGUUUUACAGGAAAGCAGGGAACUUUUCAUAGCCAGCAAGCUAUUGAAUACGGGACAAAGUUUGUGGGUGGUGUUUCGCCAGCCAAAGCAGGCCAGAAACAUCUUGGACUACCUGUUUUCGCCACUGUAAAAGAGGCUAAAGAUGAAACCGGUGCUUCAGCAACUGUUAUUUUUGUACCUCCGCCUUUUGCUGCUGCUGCUGUGAUUGAAGCUAUAGAUGCUGAAAUUCCAUUGGUAGUAUGCAUCACUGAAGGUAUCCCUCAACAGGACAUGGUGAGGGUCAAACAUAAACUUGUUCGUCAGGCAAAGACCCGAUUGAUUGGUCCUAACUGUCCUGGUAUUAUUAAGCCUGGUGCAUGUAAAAUUGGAAUUAUGCCAGGACACAUACACAUGCCUGGGAAAAUAGGUAUUGUAUCCCGAUCUGGUACCUUAACAUACGAAGCUGUGCAUCAAACCACACAAGCUGGCUUAGGACAGUCCCUUUGUGUUGGAAUUGGGGGUGAUCCCUUCAAUGGUACCAAUUUCAUUGACUGUUUAGAAUGUUUUCUGAAUGACCCCAAAACUGAAGGUAUUGUCUUAAUUGGAGAAAUUGGAGGACAGGCAGAAGAGAAUGCUGCAGAAUACCUUUCACAAAACAACAAAGGUCCAAAUGCCAAACCAGUAGUGUCGUUCAUUGCUGGCCUUACUGCACCCCCAGGACGUCGUAUGGGUCAUGCAGGAGCUAUAAUUGCAGGAGGGAAAGGUGGUGCUGAUGAAAAGAUUGCUGCGCUGAGAGCAGCUGGUGUUGAAGUUACAAUGUCCCCUGCCCAACUAGGCAGCACCAUGGCUGCGGCCCUUCAGAAAAAAAGGUCUUAGCCAGGAUUGUUAGCAAUAAUCUGUUGUAAAAGAAACCAUUUUGUAUAAUAUUAUUUAAAGGGACGUUCCAAAGAGGUUUUGUAUGAAUGCUCGCUCACUGCUGACCGAAUGAAGUAUUUAGUUGACUCCGGGAGUCAAAAUAGAAAUGUAAAGUAUUCUGUUGAUUUGAUGCUGUCAGUAGCUUCCUAUUGGCCAGCAUUUCAUCAAGCGCUUAUCAUUUGUUUAUUUCGCGUCUCAAUACAUCUACCUCUGCUGUAUAAGACAAACUAUCAAUUGCUAUGGAAGAGGUGAUAGUCAACUUUUUCUUUAGGUUUCAUAUGAACUUAUUUGAUGGGAUGUUUUAGGUGCUAAAUUAUAAAAAUACAGUGCUCAGUAAAAUGAGUUGGGCAUGACAGAGACAGACCAUAAAACAAUGAAUGCACAGAACUUCUUUGUGUUCAUCACCAUCGAAAUGUAUUAAGUCGAUUAUGUUAAUUAUGAUUUCAAGGUGUCAUGCUGGGUUAUGGUAGAAUAGUUGCCUUUGAGUGUGAAAGAGCAAUGAAAAGUGAAUAUUUUGUUUUCUGCCCUUCAGUACCCUUAUUUGUGUAGUGUAAUUUCAAUAAUUAAUUUAUGAACGGUGAUUAUAUUUAAUAAAUUUAAAAAAUUGUCAUUUACUUUGUUGAAAUUAUGCAUUAGAGAAAAUGAAAAUUUAAUGAGUAUAUAAUCUUAUUUAAAUAAAGUGCCAUCCAUUUUU